AUGGCAGGCAGCUCCGCUCCUUGGAUUGGCAGCGCUUAUCUCUUCCUCCAGUCGACGUGCAAGACCAUCGUUCUGCCAUCUCUCUAUGAAAGCUCCCAAAAGAAACCUAGUGUGUUCAAGGCGCUGAAGCUGGCAUUAGCAGACUCCACCGGUAGCGUGAAUGGUGUGGACAUGCUCAAAGUGCACUGCAGCCACCCACACCUGAUAGUCCAGCUCAAGUUCUGCAAGCAGGAGAACUGCCGCCGGUUCCUGCAGAGUUACCGGGAAGGAGCGCUCCAGGAGUCCCUCCAGAAUCACCUCCAGCUCUCCUUGGCCAUGACCACAGUGCCUCUUGAAAUGGAGCUGAAGGCUGGCAACGAGCACCUUGACAACAUGCUGAAGGAUGAGGAUCGCUGCCUGGAGUGCAUCUACAGAGAAAAGCCUGACCGCCUGCGGGAUGAGGAAAUCACAGAGCUGGAGGAAUGCCUCAAGAGCCUGAUUGUUCACCAGAGCAUCAACAACAAUAUGGCUGUAAAAGACUGCAUGUCUCUGAACUCCCCAUCUCUACCUUAUCCUUCUCAAGGCAGCUCCCUUUCCCCACAAGUCACCUUCAUCUUUCAGGGAGAAGAGUUCGCCAACAGAACGCUCACACCAGACGACCACCAGAAAUUUGCCAAGCUCGUGUCCAAGAAAUGGAAGCAAGUGGGUCGCUCUUUGCAGAAGAACUGCCGGGCCCUGCGUGAUCCUGUCAUUGAUAACCUGGCCCUCGAAUAUGACCGAGAGGGACUAUAUGAACAAGCCUAUCAGCUGCUUCUCAGAUUUAUCCAGUCGGAGGGGAAGAAGGCCACGAUAGCACGGCUGAUUGCAGCCCUGGAAGAAAAUGGUCUCAUCAGCUUGGCUGAGGAGCUCUUGGGCCUCCAUUCCAAUGAGGACUGCUCCUAGAGCCCGAAGGGUAGUGGCAUCGCUAAGGGCUUUCUUGCUUUAGCUAGUGUAUAAGACUGCUGCCAGUGUCUGGGAAUGUAAAGUCCUGAAAAUCACCGCAGGUUUCCAUGUAGGUAGGAAAGCCCAGGGGAGAGGUUCUGUGCUCGCAGAAGCCAGCACAGACCUCUGACAUUCCUUAUUUCAUUCUGUUUCCAAGUCAAUGUUACCUUCCCAUGAACUGGUGAGAGAGGCUUUCAGCCUGACUUCCUUCAGGACUGAAAUGUCACAGGGAAGCAGCCAGACAGAGAGCCCUAGGGGAUAGAGGGGGAGAGGAGAAAAGCAAGGAAGGCAUCUCGGAGGAUUUCUCUGGGAAGCAGACAAUGCCACUGUUUCUCAGGCUAUGGCCCAGGGCCAUCACCUGGAGAGCUGCAGUAUAUUUUUUUAUAUUGAAGACAUUUAUGCCCUCAGGCAUGACAUCCAGCAAAGAUAGAGGGGAAAUUAAGGAAAAGUCAAUUUUAUAUUAUUUUCCUUCUUUGUUCUUCAAACAAGGAACAUCUGUGGCAAGUGCAUCUGUCCUGCCCUACUCUAGUAUAGCUCCUUCCCACCUCUCACCACCUGAAGGUUUCCCUUUUACUUGGGACAGUUACAGUCUUCCACAGGGCACAAGGUUGCUGCUGUAGAACAAAUUUCAGGCACUGAACAAGCAAUAUGGACAAACAUAAAUUCAGAGAAUGAUUCCCAACUUUUUCUGGACCAUGGUGGACAAUAAUAUAUUGACUACAUCAUGCUUAGCUCUUUCCCACCAACCUGAGAGAGCCUGCAUCUGUGAAAAGCAAAACACAGUGCUGAAAGGAAAACAGUCUCCUAGACAGAAAGUUACCUAUGGAGCGUAGAUUGGAACUACUGCUCUAAAGUGUGUUGCAGCAUCAAAUACCACCCUGAACCAAGCCCACAGAGCUGAGCAAUUGUCUCUGACCAGCUGGCUGCUAGUGCCUUCGCUCAUUUCUUAACCACCUGCCCUCAGCCUGCUGAGUUCACCAGAGAGGAUAGCUCACGCCAUUGUGUCUCGCAAGUGUCGGGAUCUGCACAGAGCCUUUCCCUGAUGGUGUUGUCACUGUGUGACAAUUGGGCAUCAGCUGCUGUGCCUGGAUUUACCUGCCCUGAUUUUGAGGGUUAAAAAUGGCUUAAAGGACAAAGCACCCAAACCCCAGGGCUGACUUGUGCUUUCAGUUCCGGUGGGAGAAGCUGACUCUGCUGGUAUGGUUGAUGCAGACUGCAACAGAGCAGAGAGGUUACACCUUUGCCUGUAACAAAGCAACAAGUAUCUAGCAUGACAUGGGUCCUGUAAAGCACACCACCUUGAUUACCUUUGACAUAUUCCCUGCGCUUUCCUGAUAUGUUUUUACUUAUCCUUUUUCAUUAAUUUUACCUCUCUUUGCUCUUUCCUUCCAUGGUAAUAGCCAGUGGGCCUUGGAAAUUAUUUCGGAUACAGAGGAUGGCUCUGCCAGCACAUGUAAAGCCUGCACGUGCACGCAAGUAUCGGGCCGCUGGCAGUCAUGGUAGGACCAGCUUUCAGACAGGCAAGCCCUGAUGGCCUUUUAAACCACAGCUCAUAUCUUAAUCCUUCCUGGAGUCAAAGCUGUAAUUCAAUAAGGAGGGAUGCAACGUGGGAUGCAGGUGUGGGCUCAGAUCUGAGCGCCUGGGGCUGGUGCUGCUCCCUUAGCUUCUGCUAAAACGUAUGCUGUGAGCAUCAGCUAACUGAAGACCCGGAUCAGGAGGAUUUAGAUGGCUAGCUUCUACGCAGUUGGGUUCCACAUGCCUCAGAUACGCUGAGCGUCGCGUUCCUCAGUGUAAGCCUGAGGAACCUGGCUUUUUUCUGCAGAUUUUGAAUCCCCGAGCUUACGUACAGUGUGGAAAGGAAAUGGAGGCAAUCAAAGAUGGGGAGAAUGUUUUCAGGGUGUGAGUGAAUCUCUUCCUGUCUUGCCCAUAGCUUCAAAGGAAGCAAGACUUCAUGCAGGCACCAUCUCUACAAAGACUGUGGCUCCGUGACCUUUUAUUAAGCCAUUCUACAUCAGUGCUGUUGCAGUCUCAUCUCCCCCAUUCCUGCUCCAUGUCCUACCCUUUCCCUUACAGCAGUACCAGUGCUCUUCCCCAGGUGAAGCAAUUACCUCUCUGACAGUUUUGCUUUUGGGACCAGCACAGCGAUGCUGAUCUUAGUUUAGGCUGCUGUGGAACCAUACCUCAAAGCAUUUAGCUUUCCUGCCAGAUCCCAACUAGGGAACUCUGUUUGGCAGCAACCCACCUGGCAAGUGGUAUUUAAAAAAAAAAAUAAAUCAGAAACUUGAAAAUUACUUUAACAGCAAGAGGGUUUGCUCUUGAUUUUGCAAAAAUGAUUUUUUAGAAAACAACGUCAUAUGCAUAGCCUGCUGUCUUGUUUCUUGUUUGUAAUGAAUAUUUCUAAGCUCUCAAACUAGCUAUUCAUGUGCACAACUUUCAUAUACAGUUAUAAGGCAACCACUGAGUAGUGAAAACUGCUGGCUUUUGUAGCAUCUGUUAAUGCUCAAAAUGAGAAAGUCCAAAAAACUUCCUUGCUGCUAUUACUGUAUUACAGAGGACUAAGCAUGAAUGCUUUUUUUCUUAAUGCAAACCUUGUGCAUUUAUUCCUCUGCCAGCAAUUGGCAUAUGUGUUUCCUCUUACUCACAGAUUCCCUCUCAGAAGUGCCAUUAAGUGCUGGAGCUCCUGGCAACCUUUCUGGAAUAUCAUCAUCUUUAACAGCAUUCACAGGUGCCUUCAUUGCAGAGACUCAAAGGAAAAGGGUUUUCCAGUGAUAUUCCAUGGUGGAAUUGUCUUGAGCACGUGGCAUGGUUUGGGACCAUAGCAGUGGCUGUUUCAUACCUUCUUUUCCCUGAUCAGUCAUCACCAUCGUCAUCAUUAUACGCAAUGAAAAGUCGAUUCUGGUCUCAGGCAGACUCCUUCCUGCUAAAAGAGUAGGUUUUUUUAGUAUUAUCUGGCACAAACAUAGAUGGAGACGAUUUUCACAGAAGCCUUAGAUGAAAUAAUAGAUAAAUUGGAUCAUGAGCA